GGUUCAGACACGCAUACACGCCACGUACUACUGUCAAGGAGCUGUUAUUGUACGCACUCGAGUGCUCCCCACACUUGCAUUUCCGGCCGUUUGUUUCGGCGACACCGUUGCGCCGGUCUAUGGAGCACUCUGAGGACCUGCUACAGGUGGUUCCUACCAUGGCUACCGACGGGCAGCUUGUCUGUGCCUCGACGCAGACUGCUCACGCAUUGAGCUUCAGCGAUAUGGACGCGCUCUUUGAAGAGUUCGAUACCGGCGACUUCCCAGCCUUCAAUCCCCAGUUCUCCAUCACCUCCAAGCCAAGCACGGUCGCGGUCGAGGUCGCGGCAGCCCGCGCGCAGGAGCUGGGCGUGUAUGUUCUCGCGCCCGGCGCGGCUCCCGCGCACGCAUCCCUGCGGGUGGACUGCCAGACAACCGUAGGGGACAUUCGUGCCUUCAUUCGUGACUCACUCGGCGUGCCGCUCAGCUGCCAGCGCUGGCUGUCGCUCCUCCGCCAGCCCGCGUCGGGCUGCAGCGGCAGCAACGCGCUCGGCUCGGACGCGUUCGCUAUGACCCUGACCACCAUGAUGCUGGAGGACGAGCGGACUGUGGAGUCGUACGGCGGCCUGACGCCAGGGGCAGCGGUGCACGCAUCCGUGGACUCGGCGCCCGCGUCCGCGCCCCAGCCUGUGACCAUCGCCGCCGCCGCCACGGGCACGGCCACGGCCACACCCAGCUGCGACUCGCCGCGGUCGCCGGCCGCAAGGCUGCUGCCGUGCGCGCUGGUGCUGCAGCCGUCCGGCAAGAUCGCCGCCACGCAGCGGAUGCAGCUGGCGGAGGCCCCUGCCGCUGCCGCCGCCUGCUCGCCGGCGGUGCCAUCUGGAUGCUGGGAGUACACGGACGAGGGCACGGCCGCCAGCGCACAGAGCCUGUUCGAGGCGGACCUGUUCACCACCCACUGCGCUGUGGCGGCCGACCCUCACCACGCGGCGCAAGACCUGUGAGUGAUAGUGAUGACGAGAAUUGUGCGAGUGGCUGAGGAAAGGCUGCAGACGGAAGAGGAGUGGUUGGGAUGGCCUUUGGAUGCUGUAGCACUGGAGGUUUUGCCUGGAGCAGGGUGUAGCGGAGAGUGCGCAGGGCGCUUAAAGGCGGGCUGCGGCACAUUUUAUGAACCAUGCAGUUCAAUGGAGUGCUGCAGUGGUAGGGUCUUUAGUGCGGCCGCGCCAUGAGGGCAAACUGAGAACAUGAAGAGUUCUUUUGUGAGGCCCAGCUUGGGCUGUGUCUACGCCAUGCACCUGUGAGGGGUGAGAUGCGCUGGCUUGGAAAACCUAACAUAGCACUUGUUUACAGGGGUUGCGUUGGGGUUUUCAUUCAUUCGUUGACAUGCGGGUGUGCCUGAGCCCUAUGUGCGGGGCAUAAGGCACGUGCAGCGCUGUCACGCUGUCGGUACCUUGGGGUUGGCCGUUUUCCCAGUCACCGCCAAGGUAUUCAUCCCAAGUUGUGUGGGUAAGGGGCCAAACCCGACGCGGGGCUCCCGCGAGCGCACGAAGUUGCGUCCCGCAACGCCUUUGGGUUGUGCGGCUUUCGGUCAUGGGGAAUAUUGGGGCAGGCUUUUACUCAGGUGCAGAGCGGGGAGCUGGAAAUAUAAGAAAGAGCAGUUCGGUGCGAGUGGCGCAGCUUUGGCCGUCGUGGCGGCUUAGCCCUGUGUGGAUGGGCGCUGUGGCGUCGGUAAGGCGUGUAUUGGCGCUGUGGAUUGCGCGCCCAGGGAUGUGUUGUGCAGAACUGAGGCUUGGGCUGUUGAGUGAUGGGCGCAGAGCAUUUCACGGCUUUGCAACUGGCUGGGCCUGUGAAGCGUUAGGCUUAGCUCUGCGCGGCCUGGCCUAAUGGGGUAUUCCAAGCUAAGCAUUGAGAACGGAGGCAAUGAGGUAUAGGACAGGAUAAAGCCUCCCAUGCACCUUUAUGCCAUGCGGGAAGCGGUCCGUAUAGCGCACUCGUGCGCGCAACUGAUCCCACACGCCUUCCCAAGCAUUGGCUGGUGCUGUGUACUUCCUGAACUUGACCUUGCAUGGGAUCUGGCGAUUGCGCUGUUGGAAGCUCGCCCAUGUCCCAGCGGCUUUUUUGUUUCCUCGCGGUCGGAUUAUAACUGAAGUCCGUUUGCUUGGCUAAGGAAUAAUUAAUCGAAGAGAGUAUCUGUGGAGUUUGGCGGUUGGUGCAACUCAACUGGAGAUGAGCGCAGGUGGUGAGAGGUCUUGCCUGCAUAUACCAGCGUGUUGCGAGUGCAGCUUAGUAGCGCGGUAGGAACAACCAAAUUUGGCGUGCAUCAGUUGAGGGCGAUGCGCUGUUGUCAGCACAUGCAGGCGUGUGUGCGAGGUACAACCCUGUGUUUCGUGACGACUUUGGUUUGAACUGGGCUGAGCUGGCGGUGUGAGACUCUGGAUACAUCGAAGAGGAGAGGUCGACGCGUAGUAGCAACUUAUUGCCGCGAGCAUGGGAACUGCCUAAAGGCUGUUUGGCGAGCCUUCCUUGUGCCUCCGCAAACAAAAUGAACAGGAUGUCCGGCCGAGGUUGCCAAUAGUGAAAUAAUUUUAUUAAUAAUGGUGUUUGAUGUCUCCUCAAAGAAAUAAUGGUGUGCUGUGUGCGUUUUGUGCAGGGUGGUGCGGCGUGGGUGUUAUGUGCCGUGCAGUUGUAAACCAAUUCGGCUGUGCGGGGGGCGUAUGCACCAAGUGUAGGCGAAGCCUCAUGUCCCGUGCGCGAGGCGGAUGCGUAAUUAGCGCGACUGUACCAUGGCACAUGUGUCCCUGUACUAACAGGGUUGACUGGGACGCUGCGGGGGCGACUGUGGUUGCAGGUGCAAGGCUGUCCUCGUGUGCGUACGUGCCGCCUUGGCCUGGACCCUGCCCCGCAGCCGCUCUGGUCCCUGAUGCAUUCGUUGGCGAUCCAUUGGGUGCAUCGUGAUUUGUUUGUUGAACGGCUUGCCUGGCUGGCUUGGGCUGUGGGCUCCUGGAGGUAGCGUGGUUUGUCGUGCAUGAGGUGGUGCAAGGAGACUCAAUAAUGUCAAGGAUAAUUGGAAUCAGCACCCAUGGACCCGUGUGGCUAACCCAGGGGGGCGCCGUGAGGAACCAUUUGAAUCAAAACAGGCUGUUC